AUGUCUAUAAAUGAUUGGGCAGUUAAAAUUGAACCACCAGAAUAUUCACCAGAAGACAUUAAACUCGAAAUAGAGGAUGAAUUUGAUGAUCCUGGUGUUAUUGUUAAAUCUGAAUCGUGUUCUGAAGAUGAUGACACGUGUUUAGAAAGAUUCAUGAAUUCCGAGGUGACAAUUGAAGAAGUCAAACAUGAGUUAGUUGAGUCAUCAACUUAUGAAUGUGACAUUUGCAAUAGAUCAUUUACGGAAACACAUCAUUUAAAAGAGCAUAUGAUCGAGCAUAUGCCUAAUAAUAGCAAAGAAAGUUCUUUCAAAUGCGAAAUCUGUUACAAGGUGUUUUAUCGAUUAAGUGAUCUGAAAAGGCACAUGCUCAUUCACAGUGAAUUAAGUAAUCUGAGACGUCACAUGAUCAUUCACACUGGAUUAAGACCUCAUGAAUGCAAUAUAUGCAAAAGGACAUUCAGACAUUUAUUUACUCUAAAAUCCCACAUGCGCAUUCACAGAGGUGAGCGCCCUCAUGAAUGCAAUAUAUGCAAUAAUACAUUCACACAUUUACAUGAUCUAAAAUGCCACAUGCUCAUUCACAGUGGUAAGCGCCCUUAUGAAUGCAAUAUAUGCAACAAGACUUUCACGCAAUCAAGUAAUCUGAAAUGUCACCUGCUGAUACACAGUGGUGAGCGUCCCCAUGAAUGCCAUAUAUGCAAAAAGACAUUCACAGAAAAAGGUAAUCUUAAAUGUCACAUGCUGAUACACAGUGGAGUACGUCCUCAUGAAUGCAAUGUAUGCAAUAAGAAAUUUACACGAUCUAGUAAUCUGAAAAAACACAUGCUGAUUCAUAAACGAGAGCAUCCUGAUAAAUAA